ACUUCUCAAAACACUUCCACUUUCCACUUCCUUUUUGGUCAAAGUUGAAAGUUCAUUUUCCAUUUUGUGCAUCGGUUCAUUAAUCGUAAAUAUUUCAUAAUCCUUUCAUAUCUAUCGAGUGAAGAUUAAGAGGAAUGAACUUCAGAAUUUGAAAGUCAUUUAGCAUCAACAGUCCAAUCAUUUCAGACACCUCUACUCUUUAUUACCUAACGAAGCAGCAAUGGAACUAGAAAAUAUCAUUAAUAAAUUGGAUCAAAACCGCAGUCACACUCAGUGUUUCAUUGAUGGAGCACUUGUUGAUCUACCGGAAGAGAAAUUCAUCGAGAAAGUCACCAUAUUGUCUGAAAAGCCUUGGAAAGAUUAUCCCGAUGUAUUGGGAAGGAUAAGUGAAGUUAUCAUUGAAAAGAAAACUGUAUUGGUGAAUAUAGCAAGAAAUAGAAUUCAUCAGACUGAUUCCGAAAUCGAAAAAGACAUACAGUUCUGCUCUGAGAUGUUUGCGUUUCAAUCUUGUCUAUCGCGUAAAAUAAAAGUGAAUAAAUCAUCAGAUAUAGGAGAUGACUUUGUGGAUUCAACGACUAUGCAAGGUUUUCACGGCAUGAUCUUAGACGAUUGUCCUAUAUUCACUACGUUGAGUUUAUUAACAGCUGCACCCAUCGCUUCUGGAAAAUUAUCAACGUAUUUAUUCGUUAAUUCGAAAUAUUCCGCGAUUUCUGUUUGUUUCGCUGCUAUACUUAUCGAAGCCGGAUUACCUAAAGGGAUUGUUAAUGUUGUGCCGCAUUUCGAUGAAAGGUCUCUUCCCUUACUUACACCUCAUGAUUUGGACAUUUUUGGUGUGAUACCUGCUGAAAUCCUAAACAACUGUCAAUUUCGGUUUAGUAAAAUUAUAUUGAAGAAGAAUUCUCCAAACCCAAUAAUUGUACUGAAAUCUGCUGACAUUGAUUCCGCAGUUGACAACAUUGUUUCUUGCACUCAAUCCAAUGAGGUAUUCUGGUUUCCUAAUGUGAUUUACGUUGAAGAACCUUGUUACGAAAAAUUUGUGAAAUGUUUAGAGUUUGUUGUAAAUAAUCGUAAUGCUUCGUAUAAUUGGAACCAACGCAGUUCUGGAGUAGAUCAAAGACUUGAAAAAUUUCUAAGAGAGAAAAAAGAUCAUGGAGUAAAGGUUGUUGAGUUAAUUCAUCGAUUUCUGAAAUGUGUAUUUUUAAUAAACGACGAUGCUGCUGUAACCUUACCCACAAUUUCUGACGAAGAGAAAUCUACUUGUCAUCGUGUAAUUUCCAUUAUUCCAAUUCGAACAAUGCAAGAAGCUCUUUCCCUUGCUAAUUCUUUCAGCGGUGGUAUAGGUGCUUCUGUAUGGACCAACGAUGCUCUAGAAAUGAUGUCUUUGCCGUACAAAUUAAAAUACGGAACAGUUUGGGUCAAUAGCGCGAAUCGAUUUAGUCCAGUGGUUCCAUUUACUUCGUGGAGUUCUGGGUAUGGAACAUUUACUGGAAAACGAGGAUUUUUUGAUACUUUCCGCAACCAGAAAAUAUUUGACCCACGUUCAAUGCGCAGAUAUGAAAGUUCAACGUUUCCCAAAAAAGAUAUCUCGCCAGUAGUGAAACAAUCUCUUUCUGCAUUCGCAACCUGGCACAAAUUAGACGAGUCAUCUAGAGCUUCUUUCUUACGUAAUGUUUCUAUCCUGAUGGAAAACGUUUGGCAAACGCGUUUAAAAAAAAUUAGCGAUGAAAAACUCUAUUUUUUGUGGCGGUUUGGUAUCGAUUCCAUCAAGGAAUGGGUUUCAUAUACAACCGAUAAAGUGUACGAGCAAUCUUUUCACGAGAAAGGCUUCCAAAUCGUUAGUCGUAACGAGCCGCUUGGCGUAAUAGCUAUUUUAGCUCAUGGAAAAGGAGUAGGCGAGCUACUAUUUGUCAUAUCCGCCGCACUCAUGUUCGGCAAUACCGUCAUAGUGGGGAUUCUAAAGAAUGAAGAAUUUCCUACUCUUGCUACCGAAUUGGAAAAUUUAUUCAAAACUAAGCCUGGAUUGGUUAGUGUCUUAGUUGAUACUGAGGAAUCUCUUCGGGAUCAAUUUACAUCCAAUAGCGAUAUUUCUUCUGUAUGGAUGGGCGCGAGUUUUUCCAGGUUUAACCUCAAAAGUUGUACGUUGAAAGAUAUUUUUCAAAUUUUUGGCGAAAAAUCGGAGUCAGAAAUGCUUGAAAUUUCUGCUACUAGACCGAAAUCGAUUUGGUUUCCUAGUUUGUGUUGAUAUUUCUUAGUUGUAAUCUCAACGACUGGGUCGUAUGAUAACUUUCUUGUAGAAAAUUGAGUAAAAAUACUCUGUGAUAUUGUGUAGAAAAUCUAUUUUGGAGCCGGUAACAUCGAUUCAUUUUGAGACUGAGUUAUUUCAUUUUAUCUGUGUUCAGAAUUUAAUGUCAGUUCAUAUGCCUUACUGAAUAUUUUAUGCUUGUAUGUAAUAAGAUGCUAAUUAUAUUGUAAAUAAUUUUUAUUUUUCAAUUCAAUUCAACAAUAAAUAAACAUUUUUAAAAUUAA